UGAGAGCCCAGCUAAACUCCACUGGAAGUCCUGACUCUGCAUGGCCAAGCUCCUUACCUGUCUCUGGAUUUGUCUGCACUUUCUUCUCAGGUCUCUCUCCUCUGAGGCAAAAAAAAAACAACAAAAAACAAAAAAAGGCCAUGGGCAUUAUGGAAGGAUAACAUGUACCAGAAGAAAUAGGAAGCAGCAGCUUUGAAGCCUGAGCAAUGGACCUCGGCAGCCCCCUCCUACCAUGGCUUAACUCAAUCUCACUGAACCAGAUCCAACACUGUUGGCUCCCUGGGCUUGCUACUGCUCCCUGAUCCUUAGAAUCUCUUCAAUUCCAUCUAGAAUGCUGCGUCAGGCACUUCGCAGACUUGGUCAAAAGCUGGUACGCAGACAUCCGCUGAAGAAAGUGUUUGAGUAUACAACUGGCAUAAAACUGAGCACUCUGGACUUAGUGGCUCUGGGUGUGGGUCGCACAGUGGGUGUUGGUGUGUAUUUCCUGGCUAAUGAGGUGGCUAGUAAUCAAGCAGGACCAUCCAUUGUGAUCUGCUUUUUGGUGGCCGGCCUGACUUCAUUGUUGGCUGGGCUGUGCUAUGCAGAGUUUAGUGCCCGGGUUCCCCAUUUUGGCUCUGCAUAUCUCUACAGCUUUGUCAGUGUAGGUGAAUUCUGGGCUUUCAUCACUGGCUGGAACCUUGUCCUCUCCUUUGUUGCGGACGCAUUUGUUUUGGUCCAGGCCUGGACCAUACCUUUUGACAUCCUGACUGGGACCCGGAUGUCUGAGACCCAGCAUGAGACCAUCUCAGAGCAAGUUCCCCAAUUCUUUGCAGACAAUGUAGGCUACUUUUUUGUCCUCUUUUUUUUUUUCUUCAUAGAAAUUCGAUAUGUGCGGUGGCAUGGGAUCUUCAGAAUUUUCGAAGUGUUGACAUUGGUGAAGCUUUUGGUUCUUGGUUUUGUCACCAUCUCUGGCUUCAUUAAGGGGGACCUGCACAACUGGAAGCUCACAGAAGAGGACUACAUACAGGCUGGACUCAAUGGCACCUCUAGCUUGGGCCCUCUGGGCUCUGGAGGAUUCAUGCCUUUUGGCUUCCAGGGGCUUCUCCGAGGAUCAGCUUCCUGUUUCUAUGCAUUUAUAGGUUUCAGCAUUAUUGUUACCAGAGUCGAAGAAUCACACAAUCCUCAGCGUUCCAUCCCCAUGGGCAUUGUGGUUUCACUGCUCAUCUGCUUUUUGGUGUAUUUCGGUGUCUCUGCGGCACUUACACUCAUGGUGCCUUACUACCAGCUUCGACCUGGGAGCACCUUGCCUGAGAUAUUUCUCCAUAUUGGCUGGGCCCCUGCCUACUAUGUUGUAGUUAUUGUAAUACUUUGUAAUGUUUUUGUCUACGCCUCCUGGAACUUUACAUACCCCAUACGUCGGGUGAUAUCCAUGAUGGCAGAGGAUGGCCUCCUGUUCCCUGUUCUUGCCAGGAUCCGUACUGGCACAUAUGGCCGUAUCGCAGCCAUUGUGAUCAUUGCCACUAUUGCAGCAAUAAUGGCAUUCUUCUUUGGACUCACUGAUCUUCUGGACCUGAGGUCAAUUGGGACCCUGAUAUCUUAUUCCCUGGUAGCUUUGGGUGUUCUCAUCAUCAGGUAUCAGCCUGAGAGGACAGGAAAUGAAGCACAGGUGCAGGAGGAGAAUGGACCUGCAGCAGAGAAGCUGACUCUACAGGGACUCUUUUUUCCAGGCAGCCCCACCCCCACUCCACUCUCUGGCCGGGUUGUCUAUGUUUGCUCCUCACUGCUUGCUCUGCUGCUGACUCUCCUCUGCCUGGUGCUGGCCCACUGGCCAGGUCUGCUUUCUGGAGACCCAGGUCCGAUCACAGUGGUCGUGCUGCUCCUGGCACUCAUCACUGGGAUCACUGGGGUCAUCUGGAGACAGCCACAGAGCCCCACUCGCCUUUCCUUUAAGGUCCCUGCUCUGCCUCUCCCACUCCUGAGCAUCUUUGUGAAUGUCUCCCUUAUGAUGCAGAUGACAGCUGCCACCUGGCUGAGAUUUGGUGUCUGGAUGCUGAUUGGGUUUGUUAUCUACUUCAGCUAUGGGAUCCAGCAAGCCUGUUCGCUUAACCGCACUUAAGGGCCCAAACUGUAGACUUUGAGCUCAGCAGUGCCAGUACAUAUUUGGCCUGACGUCAUUAAACCUGAAUGUGGUCUGGUCACCUGCACAAUAGUGGUAGUACUCUUUAGCACAUAGAAAUUUAGGGCUCCUAUGAGAUUUUGGUGGGGGAACUGUAAUAGAGCUCUGUAUUUUUGGUACAGUGAAGGAUGUGUCUUGGCUCUUUCUCUCUCUUUUUUUUUUAUCUUUCUACUUUUUAGGUGUGUCUGUAGCUGCUUACUGGCUUUUACAAAAUUAGUAUCAAAAUAAAGUUGAAAUAGUGUUUUCCUUUUCUUUGGUUAAAUAUCCACUAAUGAAGGGAGUGCCUAGCUGGCUCAGUCAGUAGAGCACUGCUCUUGAUCUCAGGCUGUUGAGUUUGAGCCCCACA